ACUUUAAAAUUGAAGGUUGAGGAUAACGUGAAAUGCUAAUACGAGGAUCGUAGCUACUCCCCUGUCAUGGCGACAAAGUUAGAAGAAUGUUAAAAUGUGAAAUGUCACGUCCUUGACAUGAAGAGAUGUCUCUACUUCAUCAUCACUUCAUCCAAAGUGAGCGAAGAGGAUUCACACAUUUUACCUUGGCCGAAGUCCCGAACCAGCCGAUGAAGCCGUUCUCGCGGCAGAAGGCGUCCAGUUUGGGUUGCUGGCACGUCGCCUGGUCUGCCUUGUUGGCUAAGAGGACGGCCGGAAUGGGCCUGCCGUGGUUCAGCGUCACCUUCGCACAAACACAAGGCAACGAUAUAUAACACUGAAGACGGAUGACGAUGUUGUGGCCCCACUGAAGCACCUUAAGGGCGAAGUCCACCCCGAUGGUGGCUCGGUAAUGCUGCGAAAAGAUGUGGUGGACGUACCGCUUAAUGAUGGACGUCUUGCCCACCCCCAAGUCGCCGAUGACCAACACUUUGAACAGGAGCUCCCGCUGCAUGGCUCCAACAAGAAGUCUCACUCCCACUCGACUCUUCUGGGAGCUGCCGGUGCGUUCAGGUGUUCAGCUGAAAGCGUGGGAUUCCCCGGAGAUGGCUUGCUGAAACAGGGGAAAAAACGCAAAGCGAAUGUUAUUCCUCCGUCUGGCAUCAUCGUCGACAUGGAGCUGGCUUUUGACACAUAUUGAGCCAUAAAUUUAAAAGAUCUGACAUGGACACAAUAUGGCUUUAUCAGUUUCGUCUCAUCGUCAUCGGAGACUCCACGGUGGGCAAGUCGUGUUUGAUCCGCAGGUUCACCGAGGGCCACUUCGCCCACGUGUCGGACCCCACUGUGGGGGUGGACUUCUUCUCCCGCCUGCUGGAGAUCGAGCCGGGCAAAAGGAUCAAACUCCAGAUCUGGGACACUGCGGGGCAAGAGCGGUUCAGGUCCAUCACCAGGGCAUACUACCGCAACUCGGUGGGGGGUCUCUUGCUCUUCGACAUCACCAACCGCCGCUCCUUCCAGAACGUGCACAACUGGCUGGAGGAGGCGCAAAGUCACGUCCAGCCGCACGGCAUCGUUUUCCUGCUGGUGGGCCACAAGUGUGACCUGGAGGCUCAGCGCCAGGUGAGCCGGCAGGAGGCCGAAAAGCUGGCGGGGGCCUACGGCAUGCACUACGUGGAGACGUCGGCCCGAGACGCCAUCAACGUAGAGAAGGCGUUCAUGGAUCUGACCAGGGAGAUCUUUGAGCUGGUGCGGAGCGGCGACAUCAAGAUCCAGGACGGCUGGGAGGGCGUCAAGAGCGGAUUCGUCCCCAACAUCGUCCAUUCGUCGGAGGAGGUGACCAAGAGCGGACGGCAAUGCCUCUGCUGAACUGUACGUCAUUUCUUUGGACUCCAUCUUUGGGAGAGCCGAAAGUAGUCGUAUGACCCUCCCAUUUCUACAAAUAUGUCCAUCUUGAAAGUAAUAUGCUUUACUUCUCAUGUGCUGCUUGGUCAUACUACUAUUCUAAGCACAAGAAGCCUUCAGCUUCACGUUCGCUUUACUGCUUUUUGGGGGUUUUUCUUCACGUCUUUACAACUAAUAAACAUCGGAGAGCCACUUCAAACAUAACAACUAUGUAGUCAGGAUGAGGCAACACCUUCACUAACUGCACAAGGGAGUAUUGAGGUCACACUGAUAAGUAACACAUACAAAAAUAAAAGUGGUUAUAAUGCAAAAUUGUAACAAGUGAAAAUGUCAUAUGACGUAAAAUGGUCUGUGUCAUGGUACUAUUACAACUUUUAGUUUUCAUAUUUUACCAAUUUUUCUCCUGGGUGUGACCCACACAAACACGAUUUUGAACAGUCAAUGUAAGUCAAAACGGGAUCUUAGUUUGUUUGUGAUGAACAUGAAAUAUUGCCUCAUUUUGACUGAAUAGUGCUCACUUGAUUUAAGGUGAAAGAGUCUCUAAGAGUGCCUUGUGGAGAAAAGAAGCUUUUGUGUACAGUCAACUCCCCGUUGCUAGGCAGAACUGUGUUUAUAUUAUUUUAGCGUGGCGGGGAUGGAAGCUCUAAAAUUUACUUUUAAAAGUCUCAUUGUAAUUCAAAUGUAUCGAAGCGUAUAUAAAAAGUGAAUUAUAAAUAUUUAUGUGAAAAUUAAACGUUGGAACAGUGGAAGUUAAAAGUUCUUACUUGCCAAACCAUUACGGGUGGAAGGCGGCACCUGGUGGUCAAAAGCAGUAACUGCAGUAAACUGAGCCGCUUUCUGUUUUGAUGAAUUAUAAGCUAAAACAUGAGUUGGUUUUAAUAGACACAAACAAAAACAAGCAAUUCAAGUUCAUAUGUUGAAAAUAAACUGUGUACAAAACAAAUUUAAAUUACGCAAUAACACGCAAAAGCUGCUUCUUGGCUAACACGAACCACACUUUCGGUCUACUUGAGCGGUUCCGGUGUUGU